CGACAGCGGGCGCAACCACGACAGCGGCCGCAACCACGACAGCGGCCGCAACCACGACAGCGGCCGCAACCACGACAGCGGACCCGCCGCAACCACAACAGCCGCCCCAACCACAACAGCCGCCGCAACAACAACAGCGGCCGCAACCACGACAGCGGCCGCAACCACGACAGCCGCCGCAACGACGACAGCGACCGCUACGACGACAGCCGCCGCAACCACGACAGCAGCCGCAACCACAACAGCCGCCGCAACCACGACAGCGACCGCUACGACGACAGCCGCCGCAACCACGACAGCAGCCGCAACCACAACAGCCGCCCCAACCACAACAGCGGCCGCAACCACGACAGCCGCCGCAACGACGACAGCGGCCGCUACGACGACAGCCGCCGCAACCACGACAGCGGCCGCAACCACGACAGCCGCCGCAACCACGACAGCCGCCGCAACGACGACAGCGGCCGCUACGACGACAGCGGCCGCAACCACGACAGCCGCCGCAACAACGACAGCGGCCGCAACCACGACAGCCGUCGCAACCACGACAGCCGCCCGGCCCGGCCGCAACAACAACAGCCACCGCAACCACAACAGCCGCCCAGCAGCAACAACCACAGCAGCUGCAACGACAAUAGCGGCCGCAACCACAACAGCCGCAGCAACCACAACAGCCGGCGCAACAACGACAGCAGCCGCAACCACGGCAGCUGCAACCACAACAGCUGGCGCAACCACAGCAGCAGCAACAACCACAGCCGCCGCAAGCGCAACCACAACAGCCGCCGCAACCACGGCAGCCGCAACAGCAGGAGCAACCACAACAGCUGCCGCAACCACAACAGCAACCACAACAGCCGCCUCAACCACAACAGCCGCAACCACAACGGCCGCUGCAACCACAACAGCCGCCGCAACCACAGCAGCCGCAACCACGGCAGCUGCAACCACAACAGCUGGCGCAACCACAGCAGCAGCGACAACCACAGCAGCCGCAACCACAACAGCCGCCGGAACCACAGCCGCCGCAACCACAACAGUCGCCGCAAGCACAACAGCCGCCGCAACCACAACAGCCCCCGCAACAACCACAGCCCCCGCAACAACCACAGCCGCCGCAACCACAACGGCCGCCGCAACCACAGCAGCCGCAACAACAACAGCCGCCACAGCCACAACGAUUCCACCAGUACUGAUACCCAACAGUAUCGUAGAAAGUCUACCGCCACCGAUGUUCUGGGAGCUCCCGAGGCCAGAGUCCAGACAGAAAUGUUGGAGCUGGGCAACCCCAACUCCAAUAGCACCAACGUCAUCACCUCCGCCGGCGGCAGGCCAACCUACCAGGCACUGUCACAAGCUCUGCUCAUCAUCCUAGGGACUAUUGAGAUGAGCAACCCUGACCAAUCGGAGGAGAGCCCUUUUAACCAAUCAGAGGCGAAAAGGCGGUACUUACCCCUACAAUCCUACGUAAAAAAGGGGUCGCUUCGAGGGAUGGUUGGGAGAUUGGCGCGGGUUAGCAGCUCACCUGAAAGACGGGAUACGAAUGUAUGGUGA